GCAUCAUCAGUUUACGUUUUCUGCAAUUUCACACCAUAUAGCACAUACAUUAAAUAUUCAAAAAGUUUCAAUUGGCUGGCGCGGGGCGGCAUAAAGUGUACAUGCAAUGGAGCAGCCACUGGCCGAAUAGGUGCGUUUUUGUGGGCGGUUGGAGAAACGGCUACCCCUGCCAAGUGCUGUGUGUGUGUCUUGUGCGGAGAUUUGCUAUAUUCAGGAUUUACAGACACGCCAGAUUGGCAGUUCAGAUUCCGGCAUUGAUGUACUUUUUUUUCGAAAUUUGUAUGGCUAAUCAAUUACAGUGAACCAGCGCGUGUUCGGGAGUAGAUGGAAGGAAAAACCCAGCAGGAGAAAAGAACAGUUGGGUGGUGGAUGCUCCUCUGUAAGAAGCAAAUUUAAUCGAUUAACGCACAUUGGCUCAAGUUGAAUUUGCUGGUUUCGUGUUCGAUGGCUGAGAAGCAAAUUUGGAUCAAGUUUUUCGUAGCACAAGAAGCAGUCAAUAGAAAUUCCCCCGGCUAAGUGAACAGCGUGUGGUCGGCUGUGUAUGUAUUUGGAAGCAAAUGUGCUGUUUUCCGGCAAAUUUUGGUUACGAGUUUAUCGAAUAAUUAGCGAGUUUUGUCUGGUGAUUGGAAUCGAUGGUGUGCGAAAGCUAUAGUGAAUCGUUUCCAAAUGUUGUGAAAUGUAGGUGAUAAUCGAAGGAAGGAAGAAAUGAUCGAAUACCUGUGAAUUGAUACAGAACAUGAUGAAAAGUUACUUGGUAGUUGAAAAACAAAUUCCCAAUAAUUGAUAACGAGUCCAGUGAAUUGAAAGCAGAUUUCAAACAGGGAUUAAACAAUCAUUAAUCUUAAGGAUCGACAUCACGUUUUCAACCUAAAUUUGGAGUACACUAUUCAGGCACUCCACCAGCAAACCAAUGGAAAGAAGAAGAAUACAAACCUAAUGAAGUCUCAACAUUUGCAACGGAAAUAGUUGAAAGCGUGGUAGAUAUAAACAUACUGUGCCAUUUCGAGCCCAUGCUCAGGCUCAGGCUGUACACACCAAGCGCCACGUGUGCUGAUGUACGUGUCUACACUGUAGCUCCAUAGUCCUCAGCAGGAGGUGAGGUGCUAAAGCUAUAAAAAAGGUGCACCAAUACACGGCUAGGGUAGAUGAAACAUCUUUGUAGCACGUCCGGAACGGGUAAAUCCACGUCCGAGCGCAGGUGAGUCCUUGUCAUCCCACCAGGUGAAAGGAUCAGCGAACCGCGGCAAAACCGUGCGAUAUACUUGAAAGGAUAGCCUGCCAUCUGCUGGUAGCCGGAGGGUAUGGGUCUUCAAGGUGCACACUAUGUAGUUGACUCUGACACUGGGUGUGCCUGGUGCCGGUAGUUUCCUGCUACACAUACAACACACAUACAAACGCAAAAAUUGAGGCGAUAAAUCUUUGAGAUUUCCAUCAUAAAUUACACCUACUGCUUGCUGUGCGGCGUAUCUGCUUCAAAGGCAUCAUGUGUUCAAGUGACAUAAGCGCGUAAAACAGUGGUGUAACCAACUCUGCCGGAAUAGAGCAACCUUACGGUGAAGAAUGGAAAAGUGUCGUGAUGUAAGGGGAGUGUAUUAGAAAAGAGUUUUUGUCGUUAGUAUCAUGGUUGGUUUUACACGUCUUUCAGCCAAAGUACAAAUCUAAUAGUGGUGGCAACGGGAAACACUAGCAAAGAUUUCAAAAGAACGAAAGCUCGUAAAAACAACAGCCAAUGACAUAAAAGACACAUUUGUGACUUCAUCCGACAUUUUUCUGGUUCCGGCGAGCAGCAGAUAAUGGAGCGCCAGUGUUGGUAGAAAAGUUGUGUGAAACUUUAACAAGGAGUGAGCAAGUGAAAAAAAAAGUUGCACUGAAUGAAAAAUAGUGAACGACAAGCGAAAAAGGAAAUCCACCAGUUGAAUUUUGUUUCAAAACAAACGGAAUGUAAGGGGUAGUUGUGUGGAAGUGUUUUCAGUUUGAAGAACGGAAGCAAAAGUUAUUCUGCGAUUUGAAACCUAGGCAAAACGGGUGCGGUGUUUGAAUACAGCAAAGUGAAAGUAGAAGAAACAUUGCACAUUAAGAGAUCCUCACCAGCGGCAACUUCCCUGUGGCAUGUGAAAAUGAUGAUGAAGGGUACGCCUCAGCAUCGUAAUGAGUGAAGCUACAUCGGAGCAGCGCAUUCAUCAUACAUAGGAUUUUAUAGCAGAGAAUGUUUCCAUAGCAAUGGGAAAAGCCGCGCGACGGUCAGUUGCGUCAGAUCCGUCGUCGCCGACCUUGUCCUUUUUGCAUUCAUCAACCACGUCAACUGGCGCAGCCUCACUUUCAGGAGUCUCUGCAUUUGCUAGCUCAUUGUCCUUCAGCCGCAGCAGCAGCAGUAGCAGCUCUUCAUCUCCAUCAUCAGCCAAUACGUCCAAUCACCCAGCAAAAGCCGCAACACUCCAGACUACGCCAUCGCUGGUGGCGAAUUCCGACGCCCUUGAUCCGUUGGACGCAACAGGAUAUUUUUACACGUCGACUCCCGAUCCAGAGGAUACCACGCCGGUGUUUAGUACAAUUACCGAUAGCGACAACUACAUCACCAACAGUAAUAAUAGUAGUAACACGACCGUUCCUGAUACUACCGCCGCUACCGGUACUAGCGACAGUGACGGUAGUACCGGCACAGUUAGUGCUUCCGAAAACUUUACCGAAAACGGUACCAGCACUCAUCGAAGUACUUCGCUUUCACCACCCUCGUCUCAUCUCUGUAGCAAUCAAUCACAGGCCGACUGGACCCGGGAACGGGAAAGGAUGGAGUUCUACGCGACGUACGACGUGAUGACCGGUGUCCGGAUAGCGGCCACGCUCGGUGGCUUCUUUGGCCUUAUGGUGUUUCUUGUGAUCUACAAAAGCCGCAGCCGGUCGACGACGAAAGCGUUGAAGGAUCCGACGAUAGCGGCGGUCGCAGCAGCCGUUGUCCAGGAGGAAGAAGAACGCGAACUUCAGGAGGCAAUCGAAGCAACUGCCUUCUCACUGCUCCAGGAAGAACUGAACAUAAACUAUCCAGGAUUGAAGCGAGACCGACUGCAUUCACUGGGGAAUGUCAGUGCACCACCGACGCUCAAUCGGAGCUACCGGUUUGCAUCCGUCGGCGGGGGGUACAGCAGUUUGUUGAAUCCUCCCCGCCGGUAUUCGUAUGCUAGCAGCCGAGGUCACCGGAAUAGCGUGUCGGUGUCCUCUCGAGUGCUCAGUGCCUACAACAUGGGUGAUAGUUUCGGCCAGGAUGAUUAUUUUUUAGAGAGCGAUGGCGAGGAAGCUGACGAUGAGUUCGAUCAGUAUACAACCACAGCGGACGUUGGCUAUCCAACGGGGAACUAUCUUAUGGUUCCAGGGAGGGGGACAGAAUCGCGUCGAAGUAGUGCGAUGACCUGUUGCAGUACGGAAAGUUCAUUUCUGGAACGACGAUGCUCGGCAAUCACUUUAGGGUUAUCCUCGCUACCACCGAUGUCGCGAUCUGUGUCACGACGACAAAGUCGAGACGACAGAGGUCACGCCGUAGGCAAUGAGUUAACUUUGGGUGCCACCUGUGCGGAUUGGGACUCGUUCAAUCCCGGUAUUAAUAUAAUCGAAGCAACGCCAAAAUCCUCUCCGUGUCCCAGCGAACGGGUGACGCACACGUCAUCGGGUCUCUCAGCUCGUGAGCAUUCUAGCAGUAAGAAACACCCGCUUUACGACGAUAGUUCGAUUGAUUGUAUAUCUGCGUAUCCUGAUACGAAUGGUGCUGAUUUUAGUAGCUAUAACCAAACACUGCUGAGACAGAGCUACGGCAGUAACACUAGAAUAGAUGAUAUUAGUAUAGCGAACCAUAAUCCUAGCAGCAAUGUUAUUGUACGUAGAGCUCCUCUUGCGUCGCUUAGUUCCUUCAAGAUGUCCUCCGCAGACUGCCAGGAUAGCGAGUUGCGCAGCUACGGGUCGGACUCGGUGUUUGACGAUAGCUGUGCAGAUACCGACGAAGAUCUGCAACAGUUCAGCACCGACAGUGAUGAGCUCAGUAUUCCAGACGAGGCCGAAUGUUCCGUUGAUCCGGCAGUCGUUACUAAAACCGGUCCCAGUACUUCAGCGCUUAGUGCUGCUGAAGCCGGCCAGGCUGGCCUUGGUGGUGCUAGCAGUAGCAGUAGUAGCUGUAAUCGAAUGCAACAGCAGCAAUGUUGUAAUGUUGCUCUUGGUCCCGCCAGUGAUACUAUUUAUGUCGAUAUCGAAAAACCUAUUAAUGAUACUAGUUGUUUAAGUAGUCUUUCAAAUAGUAAUCGACGUGGUAAGGCAAAACUGAAACCGGAUAAAGUGAAUUUAGGGACUAGAAUCGAAACGAAAGCAAUCAUCGAAAGACAGCAGCAAAAUGACAGCCGGGAUCGAUCACCAUCCCCUCGGUCCUGUAAACUGGCGGUGCCACAAUCACACGAAUCGGCUCCAACCAUGGCCAGUGGAAGUAGUUUGCCUAGCAAUCAAUCUAGCAGUCGUUCAUUUAGCCAUUACGGUAAGAAUAACAAUAACACUAGCUCUAGAAAAAGUAAUUAUAAAGAAAACGACGAUAAUAGCAAUCCAGUCGAUGAGAAAAGUAAUAAUAAGUGCGUUGAAGUUAAUGUUAUAAUCAAAAACCAUAGCAGUACUAUCAAAAGUCCCUCUGUGAUUCUCGAGCUACCUAUACUGACAAUAGACGAGGAAAGCUCCCAGUCGCCACUUUCACCGAUGGAUCCCAGCGUUCCCGGCCCUUCGAGAAAGUGGUCCAAAGAGACACUAUUCUAGUCGUAUCAGUUUCGGCUGUCCCUUAAUUUCUCUUUCUCUGCUGCAAUCGUCAACAACUCACUGAACACCACUAGGUUGGCUGAUUUGGAAACGCCUUAUGCGUGCAUGUUCUCGGAGUGAAAAAAAAUAUAACCACAUUCAGCAAUUUCAUGGAAAAAAAAGUUGCGAUCUCUCAGAAUUUCGUAAUAUUUGGUAGCAUCGCUCCUUAUCGAUACAUAUUAGGUUCGUAUUCGUUUACUUCCUCAUUAGGAUUUCGCUUUCCACGUUAGACUGGUCCAAAAAAAAUCGUGAUUUUUCGAAAGUUGAUAUUUAAAAAAACUCAUGACUUCCGAACUGCUGAACCGAGUUUUUUUGUUAACCUUUCUAACAUAUUCUGAAAAGCGUUGUAGUUAAAGGAUGGCAGCCGAUACACACCAAUAACAUUAUACAAAUGGCCUCGGAAUUUUAUCUCUAAAUGAACGUAGUGCAAGCCAUUGAUUGUUUGAUUGUCUAUCAAUUUACAUUCCAAUGAAUUUCUCACGAAUACUGCUAAACCGCCUGACGAAUUAUUACGACAUGAGAAAAAAGGACGAUAGCCAGGAAUGUUGUAAAUACCGCAGUUCUCUUUCUUUAUCCAUGUCUCACCAAUAACAAUAACAUCAAUACCUAACUUACAUUCACAUACGAAAUUUCACAUAUUUCUGCCUACAUUCUCCUGCACUAGCGAACGACGCUGCUGUCGUUCGCUAGUGCAGGACGUCCAGCGCAUUACGGCAACCUGUGGGCAAAGAAGUAACAUGACAAAAAAUACUGUCCCCAGUACAGCCACCAGACGCAGAUUAUCUUUCCUUAUUUAACACUUUUUUUAUAUUUUAAUCUAUUUAAUACUUUUAAUUACAAACAACAACGAAUGCGGAUAAUUUACGCAACAACCGGAAUCAACGCUUAAGCACAGAGA